GACGGGUUCACGAGGAUGCUUACUCAGCACUCCAGACGCCUUAAAAGCGGCAGAACGGUCAUCAGUGCCGUCACCAACGAAAUGACCACCAUGGGAAGACUGCUGGCCGUGGCCUUGGCACUGCUUGUGUGCGGCCCGCCCAUGCUCUGCGCCCGGCCUUCAGAGUAUCAGCUGGACUCGAGCGUGAUGCCAUGCGAGGCAGCCAGGGCCGCGCCCCAUCGACCUGACCGCCAGCCGCAAUGCACUCACGAUGGACGCUUCAGGCCCGUGCAGUGCAGUGGGCUGGGCCAAGAGUGUUGGUGCGUUGACGGUGAAGGACGGCAGGUGGCAGCGACUCGAAGCAACGGCUCCGUUCCGCAGUGCGCGUCGGCAUGCCAUCUUCAGUCGUCCUCGCGAUGCUCGCCAUCGGGUCACUUCCUGCCGGUGCAGUGUGACUCCGGUGGGAGGCAGUGUUGGUGUGUGGACCAGGACGGAAUGGAGCUUUACGGGACCAGGCAGUCAGGGACGCCGCACAGCUGUCCCAGCAGCUGCUCGGCACUCUCUCGUCGUGUCCUUCACAAUGCCGUCUCGUCGUCGCCCUCUUCAUCGUCUUCAUCAUCUUGGUCUUCGCCACCGCAGUGUUCCGAUGACGGCAACUUCCUUCCCGUCCAGUGUCAAUUCGUCAACAUGACGGACAGGCGAGAGCUGGACAUGUUGCACGCCUUCAACACAUUCCCAGAAGCCUUUUCCACAUUCAAGUCUUUCCGGGAGGCCUUCCCACUGGUUUCUGCCUACUGCUUUUGCUCCGACAGCAGGGGGCGUGAGAUGGCCGACACAGGUUGCCCAUGUUGUGGUGCAGGUGUGGAGCUGCUGCCGUCCGACGUGUACGAUUCUGCCUUUUCCGAUGUCGGCGUCGCUCACUCGUUCGCCGAGUCGACGGUUUUCAAAGUUUUUCAGAGGAGGAUGUUGGGAGUUCACCUCACCAUCAGCGGACAAUUCCGAUGUCCUUCGGCGUGCGAGGAGGAGCGGAGGGCGGCUAAGGCAACGUUGGCCGUUUAUCUGCCGUCCUGCCUGGAGGGAGGGGCCUUCGCCUCCAAGCAGUGCCAGCAAGGGGGGCAGUGUUGGUGCGUGGACCCCAUGGGAGCCGAAGUUCCUGGGACACGGCAGCACGGCGACUUUCUGCAAUGCGGCGGUGUUGCAUCUGAGGACUGCGUCUCGCUUCGUCGUGUGUCGCUGUCUCGCUUGUUUUCGGGACCUCUGGAAUCUCAUCUUCCCGCCCCCUCGUCAUCGGGAGACUCUGCUUCCUGCCAAGUCCUCCUGCGAGCGAUAGAAGCUCUCCUUCCGAUGGAGCCGGAUCCCCUCUCCUUCUUGUCCGUCAUGGUGGACGUCCUGCAUGGUCUCUUCCCCUCGGUGGGCAGGGCUUUGGAGGCUCUAGCCAGCGCCCCCACUCACCGUCUACAGGAGUUUCUGUUUGGCGGGAAGUUCCUGAGAAACGCGGCCAGCUUUAAUCUCAGCGGUGCAGUGGGAACGCCGGGGGGCUUACGCAUGGAUCCCGCCUCUGGCCCAUCACGACAUCAGAAUCUAGUCCUUGCUGUGAGCCGCGCCUUGGAGGACCGGGACUUUCUAGCCGGUGUCAGACUCACCCUGAUGAGUAGUUCAGGAUCCGCCUCCCUGCGUCAGGUGCUGACACCAAUUUUGCAUUCCUGCGCCGCCACCGCCAGCCCUGAAGGCGCUGCGGCGGCCGUCUUUGUCCCGAGCUGCGCGACCGACGGCUCCUUCCAGGAGGUUCAGUGUCAGGGCGGAGAGUGCUGGUGUGUGACCACCCGAGGCCGAAAGAUCGAUGGAACACAAGUACGCGGGGUCCGGCCUCGGUGUCCGUCGCGCUGCGAGAGCGAGAGGGCGGCUGCCCUGCGCAUGAGAGACAAGAUGGUGGUGGGGGCCGACGUCCACGUUCCGGCAUGCUCGCGGGACGGACGCUUCCUGACUUUGCAGUGCAGACGCUCCGGGUGCUUCUGCGUGGACCAACGAGGGGUGCCGACCGCUGCGCCCUCACCGGGCGCCCACCUGGCCUGUGCAGACAUGAGCCCUGAGAAUCAUCGCUCCUCCUCAGGCCAGUGCUUCAGGGCAUUACAGGCAGUGGUGACCUUUGGACGGGAAGUCAGCAAGGCGAUGACUCUCUCUAACUCCUCCCACAUCCCCACUGGAUAUGCCUCCCUAUCGGCCGAGGGUCUGCUUCUGACCCCGGAGGCACUGCCAUUGUCUGAUUGGCUGCUGAGCCGCUCCAAAGCUGCGCUGCGACUAGCCACCUACUCCAUUGUCAGCUUUCGGGCUUGUUUUUCAUUCCAACCACCUGCGCGUUCGGUUGAUUGCAUUCUCCAAAUCGUCCUUAAGUCCGUGCAGAUGUUGCGGGCUGCGGGACGUCUCGCCUAUCAGCCGUUCAGUCCGCAGUGUGACAAUGACGGGGAAUGGCGGCCCACGCAGUGCUACCACAGCACAGGUCAGUGUUGGUGUGUCGAUGAAGAUGGCGACUAUGUUCCGGAAUCUCUGAGCAGUCGCUCACUGCCCCUGGUCAGAUGUCUCACGCGCUGUCAGAGAGCUCAGAGUCACUCGCUGCUUUCUGGUUGGCUGAAAGCCUCUGACAUCACAACGAAUGCCUCAGGGUACCGCCCACAGUGUGACGGAGAUGGUCGCUUCUCCGUACUGCAGACAGAGGGCGGCGCAGGCUGGUGCGUCCACCCUGUGAGCGGAGAGACCCUGCGGAAUGCCAUCCUGAGUCCUGACGGACAACUCACCUGUCCUAGCUGGUGUGAGCUUCAGGGUCUCCGGUGUCACCCCGACGGCUCCUUCAUCCCUCUUCAGUGUGACAUCACCUCCUGUUGGUGCGUGUCUGAGGACGGACUGGAAGUGUCGGGGACCCGGCAACUCCAAGUGACAGGUGGCAUGGCGUCUUGUGAACGUCCUGACGGUUGUCCUGCCGCCGCCAUCGCUCACGGAACCCUCGUGUGCGGCCCUGCGCAAAAUGGCCGCCAAGGCUGUGACUUGGUGUGUCACCGCGGGUACCACGUCGCACUUCCCGUCCGCAGGUUCACAUGCGACACGCUCGGUCGUCGGUGGGAGGGCGACCUCCGACCUCUGCCUGGAGCCUGCCAGAUGAGUAUGCCUCCUCAACGUGUGUGGGCGUCUCAUAAUUGGUCGUUGGUGGCGGCGUGUCAAAACCCCCGAGCGAUACGCUCGCAGCUGUUACGUGACAUGACCAGCGGGGGGCUCUGCUCAGCUCAACUCCCAGCAUCAGGGCGCAGCGUGUCUGUGUGCCGCAACUCUGCGUUGCGUGUGCGUUGUCUCGGCGACACAUCCUGGAGUGUGACGGUCACCUGGAAUGCCCACAUGUCUGACCUCCCGACCUCCGAACUGCCCACCCUUUACGACAUUGUGACGUUCCUCAACGUCUCACGUCUCCUGGAGCGUUUUGAGCGUCUACUGACUCAGCAUAGCAACAUCACUUCACGACCUCAGCUGGUAUCCUUGACUCCGCCGCGAGUUGGCUGUUCCCACGGUUACCGACUAAGCAACGACCAUGAAGGCUGCGUCCUUUGCCCUGCCGGCAGCUACUCCGCCGAAGGCACGUGUCUUCUGUGUCCCAAGGGGACCUAUCAAGACACGGAAGGGCAGGACGUGUGCGAGCGGUGUCCAAGAGGCUCCUCCUCCUCUCCCGGAGCCUUCUCCAUCAAUCACUGUUUGACCGACUGUCAGAGGCGGGGCCUUCGUUGCACUGAGAUCGGUGACUUACUGCCCGCUCAGUCUGACCUCCUGUCUGCCACGUGGCGCUGCUUUAACAGUGAGGGGUCGGAGCUUGACUGGACCAUGACUAACACGUCCCUCACUGAUGAUGACUGCUCAGUCCUCAGAAAGUUUCAGAGUGUCCCGAAAUCAGAGGUCAUCUUCAAAGCUGAAGACACGGAAGUCCUGCAGCGCAUGACCUUGGACCUCAGACAGUGUGCUCAAGCGUGUGCUAUGGAGCCAUCCUGUCACCACAUGGCGCUGGCCGGCGGCCACUGCGUCAUGUACAGCACGCACCCUCUGAACACACACUGUAACGUUUCUGACCAGGCGAAAGGGUUUCUGGGUAACAGUCAGGCCGAGCUCUUUGGACGGUUGCGGUGCUUGGUGAGGGUGAGGGGCAAGGCCUCCGAUGUGCUGAUUGUCAGGAAGAUUGGGGCGGAGUCUACUUCUGGCUUUUUGAGGUCAUCCAUGGCAAAGGUGGAGUCCGGCGUGUUUCGCACGUUGGUAUUCACAGACGCGUUGCUAGCCGACGCCCAUCGUUUCUGUGAGCUCAGCUGUCACCGGGACGACUGUUGCCACGGCUUCAUCCUCAACCGCAACAGCCUGAAGGGCGGUUCUGUGCUCUGCGGUUUGCUGAGAGCGCCAUCUGUCUUGAUGUGCCGCCAAGGGGACUGGGACGUGAUUGGCCAGAGCAACGCCAAUCGCAUUUGCGGGGUGGGGCUCAUAUACAACAAGCAGCGGCGCAACUUCCUGUUUGACUUUGGAGGACAGAAAUUUACCAUCACUGAGUCAGCACUUCCUGCCUCCAACACGGACGACAAAGACUACCAGGCAUCCAUCGUAGACUUCCAGGCCAUCUACCUGAGAGCUGACCAAUCAGAUGCUGCUUCCUGUGCAGUCAGCGGAGAUUUGACACUGACUCUUGAUGUUUCAGUGCAGAACAAGUUUACGUCGCUGUCUGAAGACGACGUGUUGGUGAACACUCAGAGGUCCCUUCCUGUACUGUCUUUCCUGCUCAACAAGAAGGUCUUCACUUCCCAACAUGCUUUGCUGUGGUGUCUCACACGCUGCGACGGCGAGCCCAGCUGCUCGCUGGCCGAGCUGAACGACACAGACUCGACAGAUUUCUUCAGCUGCUUCCUGUUUCCAGACAGUCGUGUGUGUGGCGCCUACGACACGCCACUCAGACGCCCCUGUCGCCCACUGCUGGCCAGGAAGCCAAAAAACACCUUCAGCAAGAAGGAAGAUCUGAGGGGUCCGGUGAAGAGCUUCUACGAGCGAGUUUCUUUCAGGAAAAUGGUCUCUUACUCGGUGCGCGCUCGAGUUAACGUGAAUGCAAAGACGCCGCUGCCCCAAGGGUUCAUGGAUUGUGAGCGUCGUUGUGAUGAGGAUGCCUGUUGCCGUGGUUUUGGCUUCGUCGCUGACUCCAAAGAUGGUGGGUCGGGUAUUACGUGCGUGAUUCUGCUCAGUCUCGGAAUUCAAACGUGUGCCGAAGAGCGACAGACCUCUUGGAGCGUGGCCGAUUGUCAAGCCGGCGAGGUCAGUGCGUGGCCACAACCUUUUGGCUGGUACCAAAAACCUGUCAACCGGUGGACGUCGUCUCCGGCCUUGUGUCCUGCCUUCCAUCUGCCAGCUGUGCAAAACAAUGUGUCCACGGAGCAGUGGAGUCUGCUGCCCGACUCGGCGCUUGUGCUGGACGCGUCCUCACCUUCUUACGAUGUCAUACACAUCAGCCGCGACAUCGCUGCCGAUCCUCUUCGAACCAGGGAUUGGUGUCUCCAUGCCUGCCAGGAGGCGAAGUCUUGCGCCGCCGUGUCAUUGGCCGAGUGGGAGUCGGCCACCCGCUGCGUCCUUUACCCCGACACCACUGUGUGCGCCCUAAGCUCCGCCCCUGGCUCGGAAAGCCCCGCCUUCACCUGCCGGCUGGUGGUCCGAGAGCCCGCCCCCCAGGUGUACCUGAGGAGAGCGGCGGCGGCAGAGACGAGCGUGGCCAUCGCGGGUCACGGCACCCUAAGGGGCAUCACCACGGAAACGGCGCUGGGCUUGGGCAGGAAGCGGGUGCUGCAGUUCCUCGGCGUUCCGUAUGCCCGUCCGCCCAUCGGAUCGCUACGCUUCCGAAGCGCGCAGCCCCCCGAUUGGAAUGGGACCCGGGAUGCCUCCAAAGCGCGGUCCGGCUGUGUCCAACCGGGCAGAGCAGACGCCAGCGAGGACUGCCUCUACCUCAACGUGUUCAGGCCUGUCGCCAUGAAGGGGCGCCUCCCGGUGCUGGUCUUCUUUGUCAACCCAUCGACCGAUAGCAGCCGAGCCAUCCUGGACGGCUCCGCCCUCGCGGCGAUCGGAAACCUGCUGGUGGUGACGGCCGCGUACAGGACAGCGGCUCUCGGUUUCCUCAGCACAGGUGCGUCAGACGUGGGCGGCAACUGGGGUGCGUCAGAUCAGGAGGCGGCCCUGGCCUGGGUCAAGGCCCACAUUUCAGCGCUGGGCGGAGACCAGAGCAGAGUGACGGUGGGGGCCGAAUGCGACGGCGCCAACAUCGUCAGCCUGCUCCUUAUGCGCCGCACGCCCCUUUUCCAUCGCAUGUUGCUCAUGGGCGGCUCGCUGUUCUCUCCGACGUUGUUCCAAACGCCAUCGGCCGCCAGACGGCUGACGUUGCGUCUGGCCGCCGAGCUGGACUGCGCCACGGAUGACGACCGCCGCUUGAUGGCGUGCCUCAGGGCAGCGUCUGUGCACGCGCUGAAUGCCGCUCAGACUAAGCUGCUGGUCGCUGGCGGGCCACUCCAGUUCUGGUCACCCACUUGGCCCCGCGACGACAAUGCCGCCGCCGGGGAGCCGGCGUCCCUGCGCAGAGUCGACCUCCUCCUCGGAACGUCGCAGCAUGACGGGAUCAUAGCCCGGAUGCAAGGCGUCAAGGACUUUGCAGCGGCGCUGCCUGGUGGCAAGACGGCGUUUUACCAGAUGCUGAGCCGCUCGCUGGGCGGUGCCUCGGGAAGCUCGCUGCUGAAGGAGGCAGCCACGUGGUUCUAUUCGCUGGACCAUAGCUCCACCCCCGCUGGAUACAACCUCUUCUCACGCGCCUUCGACAACGCCACCAGAGACCUGUUGGUGGUCUGUCCCAGCUUGCGGAUGGCCAGCCACUAUGCAAAGAGCGGUGCCAAUGUCUUCCUGUACCACCAGCCGGACAGCGGCAGCAGGGCCGAGGACUCGCUGGCGCCGGACGUGCAACUGCUGUUUGGAGUGCAUCUUCGGCCCACCGCCUCGGUGCGCUUCACUGCCGCCGAGCGGCGCCUCUCGCUGGCCAUCAUCAGCUACGUGGCCAACUUCGUCAGGAGCGGCAAUCCCAACCCUUCAGCGUCAUGGCCGGCGACCUCUCUGCCCCGCUGGCAUCCGAUACUGUCCUCUGAAGCUCCGCCCAUCUUUCUGGAGCUAAGCCCCACCCUCAGCCAGAAGCAAGGCCUGCGCCAGAGGAGCUGCUCUUUCUGGAAUCAUCUGGCAAAAGUGCUCACGUCAAACGGCCAGCUGGAGGAGCAGUCUACGUUCGACCCUGAACUGCCGCUGGAUUCAGCGCACGGCCAAUCGCAGAGCGACAAAGACGCCUACAACUGACCGCGACCUCUCCACGACCGCCGUGAUGUCGUCAUCGCCGCAGUGUGAUGUCAUCACUCGCAAUAUGGAAAUUACUUGUUGAUUUUUACUGAUCUUUCUUCAAAGAAUCAAUUCAUAAAUAAAAAGUACAAAUUGCAA